AAGCAGCCCGUACGGAAACUGCGAUUGGGAACUGUCUCAGCGAGUUCAAGUCGACAACGCACCACCUCAUCUUUGUCGUUCACAUUGCCCCUCGCCGACCACACAGGUCCUUCAAGAUGCCUUCCGAAGUCACGGAUAUCAAGCAAUUCCUCGAAAUUGCCCGCAGAAAGGAUGCCAAAGGCGCGCGCCUCAAGAAAUCCCCCAAGUCAAAGGACAUCAAGAUGAAGAUCCGGUGCAAGCGGUACCUGUACACCCUCAUCCUCAAGGACUCCGACAAAGCAGACAAGAUCAAGCAGAGUCUCCCACCUACGAUGCCCUUCACUGAAAUCGGCAAGAAGAACAAGAAGCCCAAGAAGAACUAAAAGUCUUUUGUUACAAGAAAGCUCGCAUCAAGUGGCCGGAAGGGUAGGAGAACCGUGGAAGGCAACCACAGCCAGAGCGACGGCAGAAAAGAAUUGUUUCCGUUUUCCUAUGACCGAUUACUGAAACGCAAAUCAACAAAAUGGGCUGGUGAGAGUAUGGAGUGUCUAGGCUUUGUAAUGACACGAUACAAGAUCAAACGAAUUGAACUAGACAUGACCGAAAGGGCCAAGGGCAUCGCAUUGCCGUCCUGUUGGGAAGUCAGAGGAUCAGUGCGGGAUGGAUGGCUUGUCGAGGAUGCAUUGAUGGCUAGCUAGGUAGUCAGGCACGGACGUGACGGUUCGACCUAGUUAGAACGAAAGAGAUCACCCUCCAUCAUCCUUGGAAUUUCACACAACACCCGGACUCUCGGUGGGACAGGACAAAGGCGUAGAAAAUCACACGUCUAAAGUUGUCUACACACGGAGCACGAAAGACCCGAGGACUCUGCUCGUAAUCGCCGCUCGUAUCCGUCCUUUUCUA